CCUUCUCCGACUGCAGGAGAGUGUGAGCGCGAGCCACUGCGCGUGGAAACCUACCCCCGAAUGCCGGAGCAGGCGCGAGCCACACGGACACAUUUCACCCUCUGACAAUGAUAGUGGAGAGGAUAGGGGCAGUAAGGAGAGCAAGCUUCUUUUUAUUUUUUUUAAUUUUAUUUUUUUUAAAUUGAUUCCCUCAUUCCCUUCCUUCCCACAUCUUCUUCAAAUGAAGAGCGUCCUCGGACGUGGAGUAGCGGGCACAUCCCACUGAGCCCUGGCUGCCGCCUGCGAGCGACUUCUCCUCUCACCACAUUGGAAUAUACAGCGCGCCUAUAUGCGCAAAACCAUGGAGAUUAUAUGACGCGGAUGUAUUCUUGAACAGAACUGGACACAUACAAAGGGCGAGGUUGCCUCUUCGUUUUGUUUUGUUUUAUUGCCGUUUGACGGUGCGGCUACUUUAUGAUCUCAUGUCCUUAGCGAGCCUUCCUUAUUUUUACAUUUUUUUUUUUUACACUUGUUAUCAUUUUCGGUCUGUUUCGGAGACGCAGAAGUGGGGAUGCCUCGCAGAGAACAUUUUGCGGGGGAGAAGAAUCCGCGCAGCGUCGAUGGUGAAUGAAUGAUUGUCUCCCUCUCCAUCUGAGACGUGCCAUGGAUGGGAAACUUAAUUUGUAUCCACGGAACCGAUCGGGGAAUAUCCGUCGCAUUAAAUAACUACUGCUGACAGCGAUCAGGACGAAUGUCAUAGGAUGAACACUGCUGGUGGGGUGUGUCUGUCUGUGCUGUCCUCUCUCCUGGCCUUGGCCGGGGCUCUGGCUGCCUGGUCUGCCCUCGCUCUGGCUCCCCUCUCUGCCCUGGCGGAAUCCGCUCAUGGGGCUGCCCACGGCGCGCCCGACACCGGGGUGAAGGGGUCCCCCUCGCCCGCCGCCCAGCAAUGCUCCAGUCUUGUCGCUGGGGUGCUCUAUGGGUCUUUCUCCCUAAGGGAGCUGUUUCCCUCCAGGGCUGCGGGCUGCUCGUGGUCCCUGGAAAAUCCCGAUCCCACCAAGUACUCCCUCUACCUCCGCUUCACCCGCCAGCCUGUCAUCUGCCGGACGCACUCCCCCAUGCUCCUCUCUCUUGACCACCACCUGGCCAAUCAGAGCUGUCCCCUUCACUUACACGAGGCGGCUCCAAAGGACCAGGAAGUCAUUGACUUGUGUGGCAGCCAAUCCAACUCAGAGGCGCCGUACUCCUUCCUACAGUUUGAUAAGAACUUUGUCCAGAUAUGUUUAACGAGACACCCGGCAGAGGAUGCACUUCAGGUGUCUAAGGAUCUGCUGGAGCUGAGACUGGUAGAGGUGUUACUCAUCAACAACGAGAACUCCAGCCAGUUUACCUGCGGCGUGCUCUGCCGGUGGUUCGAGGAGUGUUUACGCACGGGCCACAAUGGAGACCGGGGGCUUUCUGAUGCAGAUGGUUGUGCGAUGACCCAGACAGGAUGUAUCUGUCCGAACCACAACAUCAUGGCACCACCUAUUCCGUUGCUCCCGGAGACGCCCCACAGCCCCAGCAAUGGUUCGUUUCUCCCCGAUGACUGCUGCGUCACCGAGCAGCAUUCCAACGAUGCAAUCGCCAUAGCGCCCAGAGAUGUUAGACAAGACCCAUAUGAUGAGGACGAUCUGAAGGUGAAGACCCAGAGACCACGAUCAGCUGACCAGCCAGGUGUGUUUCAGGCACAAACCGGUGACCCCGCGGCAGAGGAGUGGUCCCAGUGGAGUGUGUGUUCGCUCACAUGUGGGCAAGGCUGGCAAGUGAGGACGCGAUCCUGCGUCUCCUCUCCUUAUGGGACACUCUGCAGCGGAGCCUUGCGGGAAACUCGCAUGUGCAACAACACUGCUACCUGUCCGGGGGAACCGGGCAGCACAGGCACAGGCUCAGUGCAUGGGCUGUGGGAGGAGUGGUCGUUAUGGAGUCUGUGCUCUGUGACCUGUGGGCGGGGCUCCAGGACGCGAACCAGGAAGUGUGUAAAGGAAGGCGUUGCAGUGGCUUGUGGACGGCCCGAGAUUCAGACCAAACUCUGCAACAUAGCAGUGUGUCCUGUGGAGGGCCAGUGGCUGGAGUGGGGGCUUUGGUCGAGAUGCAGCGUAACGUGUAACACGGGAAGCGAGCAGAGGCAGAGGCGCUGCAGUGCGUCGGUGCACGGCUGGGCCGAAUGUAAGGGCCCCCACCAGGAGAGCAGGGAAUGCACCAACCCUUCCUGCAGCGGUGGAGGUAACUGGGGCAACUGGAACCACUGGAGUCUCUGCAGCAAGACGUGCGACUCCGGUUCCCAGCGUCGCUUCAGGAUGUGUGAAGGCAGCGGACUGCAGGGCUACCAGUGCGACGGCUCGGGAGAGGAGGUCCGGUCCUGUAAUGAGAAGAAGUGCCCUGCUCCUCAUGAGAUAUGUAAAGAAGAGCAUCUUCUCUCCAUGUCAUGGAAGAGAGCCUCAGCUGGAGAAACCGUCUACAACAAGUGUCCAACCAACACUACUGGAUCUGCUAGUCGUCGUUGCAUGCUGGACAAUAACGGAGUUGCUUUCUGGGGUCCUCCGAGCUUCGCCAGAUGCGUCUCAUUUGAAUAUAGACAUUUACAUGUAUCUUUACGAGAGCAUCUCGCGAAGGGUCAGAGGACCCUGGCCGGGGAGGGGAUGUCUCAGAUCGUUAGGAGUCUCCUGGAGCUCUUGCAGAGGAGGAGCUACUACAGUGGUGACCUUCUCUUUUCCACGGAGAUCCUGCGAAAUGUGACGGACACCUUCAAAAGAGCAACCUACAUCCCAGCUACCGACGACGUGCAGAAAUUCUUCCAGGUUUUAAGCCUGAUGUUGGACAUGGAAAAUCUUGAGAAAUGGGAGGACGCCCACCAGGUCACUCCCGGUGCUGCUUUGCUGAUGAGAAUAAUAGAGGAUUUCAUUCACCUCAUCGGUGAAGCCCAGAAGCCUUUCCAGAGUUUCCUGGUGGUCACCAGCAACCUCAUGAUUACCGUCCAGCGAGAGCCGGUGUCAGCAGUUUCCAGUGAUAUCAAUUUCCCCAUGAAGGGCCGGAGAGGUAUGAAGGACUGGGCCAGAACUGCAGAGGACAAGCUCUACAUCCCAAAAGAGGUCUUUGUCACCCCAGCUGAAGAGCGCACAGAGACGGAGACGGAGGCAGAGCCAGAGUCUCCAAUGUACUAUGUCAUUGGAGCCAUCUUGUACAGGACGUUGGGCGUCAUCUUGCCAGCACCAAACCUCCCUGCAGUGAUCAACUCCAAGAUCCUUACAGUGACGAUACGUCCGGAACUGCAACCCAGCAAGCCCAUGGUGGUGGUGGAGCUGGCUCCCCUUUUUAAUGGUACAUCAGAUCCACAGUGCGUCGUCUGGGACUAUGGCAACCCGGAAGCUGGCGCGGAAAACUGGGGCACAGAAGGCUGCCAAACGCUCGCGUCAACCACCGUCCACACCAAAUGCCUCUGCAGCAGGAUUUCCACCUACGCCGUGUUAGCGCAGCAAGCUAAAGACCCGGACAUGGGUCCUACCAGCAUGCCCUCUCUGCCCCUCAUGGUGGGCUGUGGCGUUUCCUGCACCGCUCUUCUCAUCCUGCUGCUAAUCUACGCUGCCUUCUGGAGGUACAUACGUUCGGAGAGAUCCAUAAUCUUGGUGAAUUUUUGCCUCUCCAUUUUGGCCUCCAAUUUAUUGAUUCUGGUGGGACAAUCUCAAACCCUUAGCAAGGGUCUAUGUACUGUGACUGCCGCGUUCCUGCACUUCUUCUUCUUGGCAUCCUUCUGCUGGGUGCUGACGGAGGCGUGGCAGUCGUAUCUCGCUGUCCUUGGCAAAAUGAGGUCACGACUCAUUCGCAAGCGUUUCCUGUGCCUCGGCUGGGGUCUUCCAGCUCUCGUGGUAGCGGUGUCGGUGGGGUUCACCAGAGCGAGAGGAUACGGCACAGCGAGCUACUGCUGGUUGUCCUUGGAGGGCGGCCUGCUUUAUGCCUUCGUUGGGCCAGCCGCGGUCAUCGUGCUGGUUAAUAUGCUCAUUGGAAUCGUGGUGUUUAAUAAGCUCAUGUCAAGAGACGGCAUCUCAGACAAGUCUAAAAAGCAACGAGCCGGUGUCCCAGCGGAGGCGCGUAGCCGACUGCUCCUGAAAUGCUCCAAGUGUGGCGUGAUCUCGAGCACCGCUUUGUCCAGCUCGACUGCCAGCAGCGCCAUGGCGUCUCUGUGGAGCUCCUGCGUGGUUCUCCCCCUGUUAGCGUUGACCUGGAUGUCGGCAGUGCUGGCCAUAACCGACCGGCGCUCCACACUCUUCCAGGUCCUCUUUGCCGUCUUUGACUCCGUCCAAGGUUUUGUCAUCAUCACUGUCCACUGUGCGAUGCGUCGAGAGGUGCAGGAUGCGGUGCGCUGUAGGAUGGGAGGAUGUAAAGACGACAGCGAAAACUCGCCAGAUUCCUGCAAGAACGGACAGGUGCAGAUCAUGAAGUGUCCAAAUGUCAGCUACUGUGGGAACCAGUGUGGCUCCCCGCGCUGUGGCACCUCCCCGUGCCUGUCGGGCUGCCACCCACAGCCGUUCCCAUCGACAGCCCAGCAGGCAUGCCAGCAGGCCUGUUACCACAGUCUUCCUCGCGGCUGCAACCACGGGCUAGAGCCAAAUUACAACCUGAAUAAUACCCACAACCAUCCUCAUAACCAUAACCACGCUCACAACCACAUCGGCAGCCAACCAACGGACUUUGAAAAGGAUGUGGAUUUGGCGUGUCAAACAGAGAGAGGACACCCAUUCAUAUUCAAAGAGGUAAACACCUGUAACCCGGCCACCAUCACUGGGACCCUUUCCCGCAUCUCCCUGGAUGAAGAGGACGAUCCCAAGCUGGCAUCCCAUCAGGAGGGGGGAGUUGGAGUCAAUUUAGACCUUGGCCUGGGGUGCGAGGACAAGCCUCUCAACAUCGCAGUGGACGACCCUCCGUUCCCCCCUCCCCCCUCGCCCCUGACCCUCCACCCGGCUGAAAACGAGGCGUACCCGGCGGAUUUUGUGCCGUCGAGCGUGGGCGAAAUGAACAUCGCCAUGAACCUCAACCGCUCGUACGGGACAAUCAAAACCAUGCCCCACGGGCACAGCCAUGUGAUGGCUCCGGGCGGUCUUGUACACUCCCACGGAGGACACAUGCACCCCCACGGGCAUUCGCUCCAGUUGAAGCCGGGACAGAGGCCUUCGGUCAGACAGAUUCUAACUGGGGGAACCACAGUGGAGAGAACCAGGACCCUGCCACGCAACCUGGGAAGCACCAACGCCAACAGCGGCCUCUCGGCAGGAUCACUGGAGAGGAAAAGAGUACGGUACUCUGAGCUGGACUUCGAGAAAGUGAUGCACACUCGCAAAAGACAUUCUGAGCUGUACCAUGAGCUCAACCACUCGUCCAAGUUCCACACCAUAGACAGGUAUAGCAGGGACCCGGCCAUGUCCACGUUCAAGAGGGAAAAGCGAUGGAGCAUUUCGUCUGCCGGAGGUGAAAAGAACUCGUCGAGUGACAAGUCGACCCCAGAGGACCAGAGCUCGUGGGACAGCUUCAAGACCAUGACCCCCGAGCUGUCCAUCGUGCCCGGGGAGCAGAAGGAUCGAUUGGAGCUGCACAAUAAGAACUGGGACUCGUCCUCCGCUAACACGCCUGACUCAUCCGAGGGAGACUUCCAGACUGAAGUGUGAAGACACACACACACACACACACGCGCGCGCGUGCACACGCUCGCUACGACACACACGUGCUUGUGCGGAGAGAAACGAUUGAAAAAAAAAAAAAAAGCUAUACAUAGAUACAUGAUUUCUGACAACGCCACUGCUCCUCCUGCAACGUGCCCUGCCGGAUCCCAUACUGUGUUUGUUUACUGGCGGAGCGGACAGGCGCGGAAAGAAGACUGUUCUACCAUAUAUUUUCGCAAAGACUAUUGAAAAGAAAGAACAGGGGCGUGACACGUCUGGGACCGAGGAACAUUUUUAAAUGAACUUAAGAAAACUAUGGAAAAACAAAACAAAACAAAAAAAUAUUUCUGAGAAAAAUGUCUUGAUUUUAUUCUGAAUGAAAAUCUCUUUCAAUUGUUUGAUGAUUUGGGGUGGGGGAAGGAAAAUAAUAUUUCUGCACUGUUACGUUCUUUUUAUAGCAAGAGGGGGGGAAAGAUCUCACUGGGGUUUCUCACACUGUUAUCCCCCCUCGGCACCCGGCUUUCAUGUAUUUCCUUUUCCCUUCUAAUGGAUGUUGGAAGCAUUAUAUCUCCUAUUCUCUUUCCUUUUUUAUUUAAUUCUUUUUGGAUGCAAAGGGAGUGGGGGACAACGGAAGAGCUGCUCAUUGAUAUGUGCCAUCCUCAUUGCUUUUUUUUCAGGUUCCAGUUCAACAACCCCAUCCAUCCAUCAUCCGUUGUGUACUUUCUGUGUAUUUUCUACAGCUUUGUUCCAAGAAAUAUCAUCUUCUAUGGAUGGAAACUUCUAAUGAAAAAAUUAUAUGAAUGAAGCAUCUGUUCAAGAAGAAUUGAGUUAUUUUUAGACUAGAAUACUCAUGCUCCUGCUGCUUUUAAAAAAAAUCAUUUUCUUUUAAUUUUCUCUGAGAAUGAACCCGCGUGGAACUUUAAAAAAACAACGUUUUGGAUACACACAGCACAUAAAUGUGAGCUUAUGUUUGAGGCGAUGUGUCCCGCAUGUUCUCCAGUCACGAGGAAAGAGAAAGAUAGUCAUCAGAUGCAGAUUCUUGCAUCCCCCCCCUCCCCCAAGUCCUUGGAGAUAAAAGCCUUUAAAGAUUGCAGCAUCUGAAGCCAUUUCAGCCAUCACCAAUAACACCACAAAAGAGAAUAUCUUAUUCAUUUUCAGCCCACGUGGAAUCUGCGUUCGCUCCGCAUCAGUCCUCAACAAAAACUAAGGCUUCUGCCGGUUUCUACCUUUUUGAGUCACAUAUAGGUUAGGAGCCAAUAAUUAUAAGUUGAUACCACCUGAGCUAAAUGUAAUAUUUUCCCCAGGAACCCCAUCAUGGAUUUAAAGCUAAACAUGCUCUCCUUUGCUUUUUCCUUCUCGUUUAUCCUUCUUCUGCUGCCCACCAGUCCUCAUGCUACCAGGAGGCAAGAAACCGUUUUCUGUUAGCAGUGACGCCCGGAUUUAUAAUCGGUCUUUCCCAUGCAUCCCUCUCCAUGUGAUUGCCACCUGCAUUUGUGAGCACAGCAGCUGCAGAUAGAGAGACUGAAAUAGAAAUACAGAGAUGGAGUCACAGAGGUUAUGAGGCGACAGGGCGGCAGACGGAACAGGGAGAAAAAACACAAAAUCCUGUGCCGACGCUUGACGCUCUACUUGACAUUCUACAUCCGUCCGUUGGUCGCUACAAGACGACGACCAGUUUCCUUCUGUUGCCACAUUAACGAAUCGGUCGUCCACACUGCGACACAGAGGAAGCGUCACGGUGCAGGAUGAAUUCAAUAGAUGGUGUGAUAAGUUUUCUGUCCAUGUUCAAAGCGGCGCCCGUUAAUCUAACAGGAGAAAGGGACAAUUUAUGGAGAAGAAAGUGCAAGAGGAAAUGUUAUCCAAGAAAGAAAAGAAAAACACCCUAAAAUAUAAAAUGAGACAGCUAGAGGCAGGCGGAGUUGCAUAUUAAGAGGGGGGGGGGGGGGGGGGGUGCUCAAAGCAGUAAUUAUCCAGAGACGGCUAUUUGUCCUGACAUUUUCCAAUGCAGCCCUCGAACCAUCUGUUUAAAGAUCCCUAAUGUGGUAGUAGUUCCGCAUGGCGCAGAUGGUGAGACAAGAGUGCAGCCCUCCUAACCUUUCAAGCUAAUCAGCUGAUAGGACGCACGGCCCGCUGCCUCCCGCAGGAAAUGGAUAGGUUUGGCCCUCAGGUUGCAGAGCUAAGGUCACAUUCACCUGACCUUCUGCGGGGCUCGCGAUCCAGAUCUAAUGUACGGUGUGUCUCCCAACAGGGAAACAAAAAGCAUCCGGCCUGUCACACAGUCAAUGGGUGUUAAUCUAUAGCAGUAGAAAACAUCAGUCUCAGGGGUAACAGAUUUAACCUUAACACGGAAAAAAAUGUUUUUUUUGAUAUAUAAAAUUGAACAUUAGAGGGGAAAAAAGCACUAUAUGAAUUCUCUACAAAGCCUUGUUCCCAUGGUAACUAAAAAAAAAAAGAAUGAGAAAGAAAGAAAUGUUUGAUUUCAGCCCUGUAGGAUGUUUUGCUUUACUUGCCUCUUCUAAUGAUGAUCUUUUCCAUUGUGCUGGUUACAUGGGAGCAGUAUGACGGCUCUCACCUCAACGAGAAUCUUCAGGCGCGAGUGAGGUGCUGCUUUAUUGAAUGAGAUCGAGAUGUUUGUCUGAUCCAACGCAACUAACGACGACUAUCAUCUUCAAACGUGUUUUCUGUAUUGAACUCGUGUGACGUGAAUGCUUAGAAGUUAAGUUGAUGCAGGAGUAUGUUGGUAAGUCGAUUUUGUUUUCUUUUGUGUGUUUCAAUUCUGCCAAACUUCAACUGCCCAUUAAAAGAAAAAAAUAAUACAACGCCUCGCAAGUUUCCAAUGCCAGGCAGAUGCCAGCUCCAUAACCUACUAGCCUCACCUUCGCCUCCAACCUUUCACGCUUUGAUGCUUUGGUGUUAAACGAACGCUUCAACCAUCCGACGUUACACUUGAUUUACUGCUGACAACCCCUCCUUUUCCUUUUCUCUCAUUUUGUUCUUUUUAUACAUAAGAUUGUACAAAGUAGUCCUCUAAUGUUUUCAUAGUGUCUUUUUAUAUGAAAAUAAAUUUUCAAAUUGA